ACCGAGAAAUAACUGAGCGCAGUGAAAGCCGCGCAUUCAUUCAAGGACCUUGACUGGCGCUGCUGAAGCCUGGAGGCUUAUUCAGCAGCAUCACUUAGCUGCGAGCUGAAGACACAAUAGAAAAAGAAAAAUAAGAGGAAACAAAAGCAGGAAAGCAAGGAGGAAUAUAGCGAGAGCCGCGCGCCAGUUUGGAGACGGUAUUUUUAUUUCUUGACGGCAAAACCAGCGAAUGGGGAUGUUUUUUUCUUUUAAUUCAUCCUUUAAACCAAUUAAAACUUCCACCAUUUCGUCCUAAACGUCCUGCAUUCAUUGAAAACUCCAUAAAAACUUCGGUAAAAAUUGACUUUCGGUGACUGUUUAGGGUGCGUCGCGCGCACGGGAAGUAUCCAGGGGUGUAGCUGCGGUGUUUCUCGUGCGUCUUCCCGCUGGUAGAGGUUGUGUGUUGACUUGUGUGAUCGUGUGAGUGUGUGAGAGCGUGCGUGCGUGUUUGUGUGACAGAGAGAGGUGGAGGAUCAGCCGGGGUGGCCGACUAUUCAGAAGGAUGCUGGAGGGCAAUGCCUGCAGAAAGAGAGGAUGAGAUUUGUCGAAAGGCGCUGGAACUGCUCUCCGACCUGUGCUCCAAAGGAGAGGUGCAGGACGACAACUGCCUGGAUUUCAUCUACUACUUCAGGGACCUGGCCAGACCGCGAUACACAGACUCAGAUGUAUCGGUGAGUCUGUUGUCCCUGCUGGUGACCACCUGUGGUCUGGCCCUCUUCAGUGUCUCCCUUUUUGUUUCAUGGAAGUUGUGCUGGGUGCCACUGAGUGGCCGUUUCCUGCCAGAAGUUCUCAAGGGAGCACACUUCUUAGGAGGAGACCAACAACCUGUCCUCACAGAGGUGGAUGGGGAGGAAAGGGAGUACAGCGAGGAUGGCUGUGUAAAGGAGCCUUCAGGCCCCCUGUCGGCAGUGGCUGUUCCAGAAUCAGCCCUAAAGAUAAGCCACACAUCACCUGACAUCCCGCUGGAGACCCAGACCAAGGUGGAGAAAAACCAGAUUCACACUCUGGCCAGGGACAGGGUUCAAAGACAGAUUACUGAGCCUACGUCAUCUGUACGGCACAACUCCAUCCGCCGUCAGUUGAACUUGUCCAAUCCUGACUUCAAUCCUGCUCAGUUCCAGCGCCAAGACUCUCUCUCUGGUUUGGGCCGGAUCAAACCAGAGUUGUACAAGCAGCGGUCAGUGGACGCAGAAGAUGGCCGCCGGACCGACAGCUGCGGGCGUCUUCACUUCAUCCUGAAAUUUGACUUUGACCUGGAGCAGCUGAUUGUUAAGAUCCACAAGGCCCAGGAUCUUCCCGCCAAGGACUUCUCAGGAACCUCUGACCCUUAUGUCAAGAUCUACCUGUUGCCUGACCGCAAAACCAAGCACCAGACCAAGGUGCACCGCAAGACUCUCAACCCUGUGUUUGAUGAAGUGUUUCUCUUUCCUGUGGCAUACUCCGAGCUGUCAAACCGCAAGCUGCACUUCAGUGUUUAUGACUUUGACAGGUUCUCCCGCCAUGAUUUAAUCGGCCAAGUGGUGGUGGACAACUUCCUGGAGCUGGCUGACUUUCCCCGGGAGACAAAACUGUGCCGUGACAUAGAUUAUGUAACCUCGGACAAUGUAGAUCUUGGAGAGCUGAUGUUCUCAUUGUGUUACCUCCCUACGGCUGGCAGACUCACCAUCACCAUGAUCAAAGCCAGAAAUCUCAAAGCCAUGGACAUCACUGGAGCCUCAGAUCCAUAUGUGAAAGUGUCCUUGAUGUGUGAGGGACGAAGGCUAAAGAAGAGGAAGACUUCGACCAAGCGUAACACGCUGAACCCAGUGUACAACGAAGCCAUUGUGUUUGAUGUUCCUCCUGAGAACAUUGACCAGAUCAGCCUUCUCAUAGCGGUCAUGGAUUAUGAUCGGGUCGGACACAAUGAGGUGAUUGGGGUGUGCAGGGUUGGUAAUGAGGCAGAAGGUCUGGGACGAGACCACUGGAAUGAGAUGCUGACGUACCCACGUAAACCCAUUGCACACUGGCACCCACUCAUAGAGUGGGUUGGACAGGGUGCGACAGUGAGUGGAAGCCAAGGAGGGUCCACCAAUUCCCUGAAGACACCACCUUCACCAUGACCGCCCAUGCACAACACACAAGCCUCAGGGUGGUAAACAGACAGAUGAUGGACCAACGGAUAACCUUUCCUAUAUGUUUAAACAUUCAGUACAAGGUGUGACUAACAAGUGAGUGCAGUAGUAUCAUCAGCUAUAGACCAUUACUAAAACUGAUGUUUGAAGUAUUUUUGUUGUGGUAAAACUGCUGCAAAGGCUAAUUCCCACUUCAUACUUCCUUCUGUGUCUUCACAACCAAAAGAAAAAAAAUCAUAAAAACACUUAACAACAUUCCAAGUGAACUAAUCCAAUUGUUUAAUUUGUCUAAUGAAGCUGUUAAAGUGUUUACAGGUUAACAUGUUUAGCUUUUUACUUUUUUUUUUUUUUUUUGUUUGUCUUUUUUGCAAAUUGCAGGUUUGUGGACCAAAGUAAUGUUUUUUUUAGGCUAAUGUCUGGAGCUGUAACUGUUGAUUUGUGUGAGUGGUAUGCAAUCAUAGACAAAAUGUUUAACUAACAUGAAGAGUUAGGUGAGCAACAGAAUUAAAAAUGAAGAACAACCCUAUUCAGAUAAAAUAAAGUUUAAGCUCUUUUGUGUAUUUGCCUGCCUGUGCUCUUCAGAAGCCGAAGCAGUUGCGAACAUGGAGAUUUUAGUGUAAACCUUAGAUUUAUGUCAGUGGGAGACUUGUUCUUGCAGAUCAGUUCCUGUGACAAAAACAAGUUUGUACCAAAAGAAGUUGUAACAGAGAGAAUAUGAUGUUUUAUUUGGUGCAUGUUAAAUGGUCAUACUUCAGGGUGUGGUCAAAAUAAAAGAAACACAAGUUGAAUGGUUGUCAUCAGUAAUUCUCUGGCAGAAAAACAGUCCAGGCCUGUCAGAUAUACUGUAUGCCAGUUCUUGUUUUUUGGGGUCUUUAGAUUAUUUAAAUCUUGAAUAUAUCCUUUUGUAAUUUUACAAUGCUCUCAUGCCGGAUGGAUUUUAGUGUUUGUUUCUAUUCAUAAACAACAAGUAGGUUAUUUGAGCACAUCUG